GGGCUGCAGUUCCCGGUGGGCCGCGUCCACAGGCUGCUGCGGAGGGGUAACUACGCUCAGCGGGUCGGCGCCGGGGCUCCGGUGUACUUGGCGGCGGUGCUGGAGUACCUGACCGCCGAGAUCCUGGAGCUGGCCGGGAACGCAGCUCGCGACAACAAGAAGACCCGGAUCAUCCCCCGACACCUGCAGUUGGCGGUCCGCAACGACGAGGAGCUCAAUAAGCUGCUGGGCAAAGUGACCAUCGCUCAGGGCGGCGUGCUGCCCAACAUCCAGGCCGUCUUGCUGCCCAAGAAGACCGACAAGGGCCCCAAGAAGUAGACCAGUACCGGGAACCCCGGCGUCAAACAACGGCUCUUUUAAGAGCCACACACUUCGAUCUAAAGACCAACCCUUAUUAUUAUU